AUGACUGCAGUUAAGAAACAAAGGAUAAUUAACUGUGUUAGCCAAUUGCCAUAUAAAAUCCAAUUGGGUGAAUCUGAUGACGAUUGGAAGAUUAAACCAUUACAAAAUAAUAGUGCAUUAUUUUCUUCUUUCCAAUAUUUAAAUGAAAGUGAGGACUAUGAACAACACAUUGUGGCUUGGACUGGUGAAAUUACAAGAGAAAAUAACGGUGUUUCUAUUUUCAGCAACGAAGAUAAUAUCAACCAAAAACUAUCAAAUGACUUAAAAGAUUCAAAAAUUGAUGACAAGUCCAAAAUUUCAAAAACUACAUCAACUGAAAACCCAACUCAUCCCUCAGAAUUGGAAGAAGAUCCAUUGUAUUUAUCUCAAUCACAAUUGGAUAAAUUAGAUGAAUCAUUAAAGGAAUACUCUAGUGAUGAAAAUAGCAUUCACUUAAAGGUAGAUAAUAUUCAUCCAGUUUGGUUAUUGAGAAGGGAUCAAAAUAGAUGGAGAAAGUAUGCUGAGAAUGUCAUUUGGCCAACUUUCCACUAUAUCUUGAAACAAAGCGCUGAAGGUGAAGAAGAAAAUAAUUGGUGGUAUGAUUAUGUCAGAUUUAAUGAAGCUUAUGCAAUGGAAAUUAGUAAAAUUUACCAAAAUGGUGACAUUAUUUGGGUUCACGACUAUUAUUUACUAUUAUUACCACAAUUAUUAAGAAUGCAAUUGAACCCAAAAAAUGAUGAUAAAAAUUUCAAUUUGAAAAUUGCUUACUUCCAUCAUUCACCAUGGCCAAGUAAUGAAUAUUUCAGAUGCUUGCCACGUAGAAAACAAAUCUUAGACGGUUUAUUAGGUGCCGAUAGAAUUUGCUUUCAAAAUGAUGGGUUCUCCAGACAUUUUGUAUCAAGUUGUAAAAGGUUGCUAGAUUCAACAUCCAAAAAAUCCAAGAAUGAAUUCGAUAUAGAUCAAUAUCAAAUCAGCGCUUAUGGUGGUGAUGUAAUAGUGGAUUCAUUACCAAUUGGUAUUGACACUAAAGUAUAUUUGGAAAAAGCUUUCGAUAAAGAUAUUGAUUCAAAAGUUUUGGCAAUUAAACAAGCUUAUCAGGAUAAGAAAAUCAUCAUUGGUAGAGAUCGUCUAAAUGAAGUUAGUGGUGUUAUUCAAAAACUAAGAGCUUUUGAAACCUUCUUAGCAAUGUAUCCUGAAUGGAGAGAUAAGGUUGUCUUGAUUCAAGUUAGUAGUCCAACCAAUAAUAAAGAUUCACAGACAACAAUUAAAUUAGAACAGCAAGUUAAUGACUUGGUAAAUUCAAUUAACGUAACUUAUGGUAACUUGAAUUUUUCCCCUGUCCAACAUUAUUAUAUGAGAAUUCCAACUGAUGUUUACUUUUCACUAUUUAGAAGUGCAGACUUGUGUUUAGUUACUACUGUUAGAGAUGGUAUCAAUACCACUUCGUUAGAAUAUGUUACGAUAAAAUCUAAGACAUCCCAAUUCCAAUGCUACGGUGAUCCAUUGAUUUUGAGUGAAUUCUCUGGUUCCUGUACCGUUUUAGAUAAGGCAAUUAUUGUAAACCCAUGGGAUUCUGUUGCGGUUGCAAAAUCUAUUAAUUCAGCAUUGAAUUUAACUGUUGAACAAAAGUAUGCCUUGCAAGAACAAGUCUGGAGUCAAGUUCCAACUAUUCAAGAUUGGACUGAUAAAUUUUUGGCCACAUUCAAGACUAUUACGGAAAAGUUUGGAAACGAUCCGUCUAGCGAUAGAAGGAUAACCCCAGCCUUAAAUAGACCAAUUUUACUGGAAAAUUACAACAAGGCGAAGAGACGUUUAUUCUUAUUCGAUUAUGACGGUACUUUAACUCCUAUUGUUCAAGAUCCUGCUGCUGCUAUUCCCUCUGCAAGAUUGUAUUCCAUUCUAGAUAAGUUGGUUGCUGAUCCGAAGAACCAAAUUUGGAUUAUCUCUGGCCGUGACCAAAAAUUCUUAAAUAAAUGGUUAGGCAGUAGAUUACCUCAAUUAGGAUUGAGUGCAGAACAUGGUUGCUUUAUAAAGGAUGUUUCUCAUGAAGGUUGGGUAAAUUUGACUGAAAAGUAUGAUAUGUCUUGGCAAGAGGCUGUUUCUAAGAAAAUGGAAGAGUUUACAGAUCGUACACCAGGUUCAUUCAUCGAGCGUAAGAAGGUUGCUUUGACUUGGCACUAUAGACGUGCUGUUCCUGAACUUGGUGAAUAUAAUUCUUUGGAAUUGAAAAAUGAACUGGAAGAAAUUGCCCAAAAAUAUGAUUUAGAAGUUAUGGAAGGUAAGGCUAAUGUUGAAGUUCGUCCAAAGUUUGUUAACAAGGGUGAAAUUGUUAAAAGAUUAGUCUGGCACAAACAUGGUGAACAACAAAAUUUGUUGGCUGGUCCAGAUUUUAAUUUAUUAAUAGAUGACAUGCCUGACUUUGUUUUAUGUCUAGGUGAUGAUUUUACAGAUGAAGAUAUGUUUAGGCAACUAAACAGUGUAGAAAAAACCUGGGAAGAAAAAUUCCCUACUAACUCCAACCAAUGGGGUAAUUAUGGUAUUUAUCCUGUUACUGUUGGAUCUGCUUCAAAGACUACAGUUGCUAAAUCCCAUUUAACUGACCCUCAACAAGUUUUAGAUACUCUAGGUUUAUUGAUUGGUGAUGUCAACUUAUUCCAAAGUGCAGGUACUGUUAAUCUGGAUACAAGAGGUCAUGUUAAGAAUAGUGAAAGUAGUCACAAAUCUGAACAAGCAACCGUCGCAUAUGCUUUGAGAAAGACAAAUUCCUCUACAAGCAUCAAGAAAUGA